GCUUAUUCAUAGCUAAGAUACAGACCAAUACGCAAGCAGGCUCGGUCAAUUUUUACCAACAAACGAUCAAACUCGAUCCACAAUCGCUUCUCAUGAACAGCCUUCUCCGCCAGUCUUCAACGAGGUGCUUUAACUCCUCACAACUUCUCCUCCAUGCAUCAGCCGUUCGCAGAUUAUGCUACGUAAAGUACUCACUACUCCACUCCACUCGUGCUCGUUUCCAAACGAUGACGUGGGGCAAUGACGUGGUAUAUAAAGGUAAACGAAGUUUCUCUGUGCGACAAACUUGUCUUCUGCCAUUACCCACAGCAAAGCAGUACUCAACAACAAUGACCAAGAUUUAUGAUUUUGCACCUCUCGACAAGAAGGGAGAGCCCUUCCCCUUUUCUCAAUUGAAGGGAAAGGUUGUUUUGAUCGUCAACACUGCCAGUAAGUGCGGUUUCACUCCUCAAUUCAAGGGUUUGGAGGCGCUCUACCAAAAGUACAAGGACCGUGGCUUCAUCAUUAUCGGUUUCCCUUGCAAUCAGUUUGGUAACCAGGAUCCUGGAACCAAUGACGAGAUUCAAAGCUUCUGCCAAGUGAAUUACGGUGUCACAUUCCCUAUUUUGGGAAAGAUUGAUGUCAAUGGUGACAAAACAGAUCCUGUGUUCAAAUACUUGAAGAGUCAAAAGAAGCAGCUUGGUCUCGAACGCGUCAAGUGGAACUUUGAAAAGUUUCUUAUCAACCGUGAGGGUGUGCCUGUGGAACGCUACUCUAGUAUCAGCAAGCCAGAGCACAUUGCUAAGGACAUUGAGAGUCUUCUUUAAAGCAUAUCUUAGAACGAUGUCUGACAAAACCAACCAACACCUUUUCUUGUAUAACACCCGUGUUGUUUAUAGUGACGACUACUACCAAAUACGGCUAUGUAGCUAGGCGGCUAGCUUUUUUUCGUCGUGUGCAUGAUAAUGAAUGACCCGUCGAGUUGACGGUUUCUUAUUAAGGUAAAGAAGGGAAUAGAAGAGUCAGCGUGAGGGGAUGAUGCAU